GAUUAAUGAUUUAUUAAUCUUUGGAUUAUAAAUAAGAGAGAGAGACAUCCGAGACAUCAGAGCGUUCAGACACACCGACAUCUGGAUUUGCAUCGGCAGAAAUCUGACAAUGAAGCUGGUAUCAGUCGUCUUCCUCCUCCUGGCUCCUCUGUCGACCAGCUCCAUGCCCCUCGUCCUCCCAUUGGACUGCAGUGACAUCUAUAACAAUGACAACAGCCGACCCAGUGGAGUGUACACCAUCUAUCCCAUCGGAGCCACCUCUGCUGUCCAGGUGUACUGUGACAUGGACUCACUAGGAGGACGAUGGACGGUGUUCCAGAGGAGGAUGGACGGCACCGUGAACUUCUACAGGGGCUGGGAUCAGUACAAGCUGGGCUUUGGUAGCGCUGCUGGAGAGUACUGGCUCGGUCUUGAGCCUCUCUUCCACCUGACUCUGAGGAAGAAGUACGAGCUGCUGGUCGACAUGGAGGACUUCAGUGGAAACAAAGCGUUCGCUCGUUACUCCUCGUUCUCCAUCGACUCAGAGUCUGACGGAUACAGACUGCAGGUAUCUGGAUUCACUGAUGGAGGGGCAGGAGACCCUAUGAAUCUUCACAACGGACAGAAGUUCUCCACCUUUGACAAAGACCAGGACACCUUGCCCGACGACUGUGCCAGAUCAUUCCUGGGGGCGUUCUGGUAUGGUCCGGGGUGUCACACUACAAACCCCAACGGGGUUUAUCGUUGGGGGGCUAACAGGAUGCUCGCUGGUGUUGGAGUGACCUGGUACACUUGGAAGGGUAAUUUCUACUCUCUGAAGACCAUCAGCAUGAAGAUCCGUCCUGUGCAGUAGUUCUCCAGGACCAACGUACAGCAGAAUAUCAGCAGCUGAUCUCUCUCACGUAUCUAGAACAUAAUCUGACAUGAUGUUUAGAUGGAAACAGACACAUAGAGUCUGAUAACGUGUUGAUAACUGCAUUAACUGCCAACAUAGAGAAAUGAGUCUCUGCUGGUUCAGAUGUUACCUUCAGUCUGCUGGCUGCAACUAAACACACUCAGCUUUAAAGUCAAACUCACUAGUUUCAACACAACGUUUGGUGGAGGUUUGAAACCCUAAUGUGAAUCAUUAUCUGCUGUACGCUGACAAUAAAUGUGAAGCUGAGCAUGAAGCUGA